AUCCAAAUUUAGAAAGAAAUAUAUAUAUAAAAGAUAUUAAAUUCCACUCCAGAAAAGUCUUCUCUGUAUCUAAAGUUCACAGCUUUUUUGUCUUCACUCUCACUCCUUCUUCCCCACUUCACACUCUCUGAGCUCAGAAUUCGAGAAACAAGAACAUGGGCUGUGUAUCUUCCAAUCUCUUCAACCACGAUGACGAGUUCACCCAACUCGGUAGCUCGGCAUUGAGUCACCACAUCGUCUCCCUUACCUCCUCCACUUACGGCCUCCUCACUCUUGACCCACCGCCGGCGCAGACGCCCACAACUCCGCCCAUUCCACCGUCUAGAUUUACUCUCGGGUCCAUUUUCCCGAGCCCGCUCUGCGAACCCAAGUCGCUCUGGUCAGACCCGAAACCGCUCCGCUCCGAACCCAGACCCCUCCGGUCCGACCCGGAGGUUAUCAACUCAUGGGAGCUCAUGGCCGGCCUUGACGCCGAUAGCUUCCGAUUCUCGCCGCUCCCGCCGCCCAAAGCCUUCAACUUUAGAGACCCAAAGACUGCCGGUAAGGAAAACUCCAACCCCAAUCGGGGAAUUUUCAAGUCUCCGAACGACGGCGUUUUCGGCGUGAAGAACAAGGAGGACCCACUUGACCAGUUCGAGAAGAUAUGCCCGCCGGGCGGAGAAAACAAGGUGGUGGUCUAUACGACGACGUUGCGAGGUGUUCGGAGGACUUUCGAGGCGUGCAACGCCGUUCGAGCGGCGAUAGAAGGACUCGGGGUGAUGAUUGUCGAGCGCGACGUGUCGAUGGAUCGUGGGUUCAGAGAAGAGCUGAGGGAUUUGAUGGACGGGAAAGAGAAGGAGGCAGGGGUGCCUCCAAGGGUGUUUGUGAAGGGGAGAUAUGUGGGUGGGGCUGAGGAGGUGUUGAAGAUUUUGGAGGAGGGGUUGUUGGGUGAGAUUCUUGAUGGGUGUCCAAAGAAAAAAGCCGGGUCUGUUUGUGAGGGGUGUGGGGAGGCCAAGUUCUUGCCCUGUUUUCAGUGCAAUGGGAGUUCAAAGAUGGUGUUGGUGGUGAAGGAAGAAUUGGGUCAGAGGCAGGGGAGCACUGUGGUGGUCAGGUGCCCUGAGUGUAAUGAGAAUGGGUUGGUGCUUUGCCCAAUUUGUAGCUGAAUGGUUGACAGAGAUGAGAGAUCUGUUUCAUAUCAGAUUGGGUUUUGUAAACACUUUCUGUCUACCAUAGUAAUUUCUUGUGUUUCUGAUGGAAACCAAAAGCUUCUGUCUCUUGUUUUCUCUCUGUUUAUAAUUAUGUAUAUGCAUGUUUUGAUAUGUGAAGAUCUUUUAUUUGCUUGAAGCCUUGAACAAUGCUGAGUUUAAAAGACAAACAAUUACAGAGAUUAGGGACUAGGCUUGUUCAUUAUAGAAAUGUUGAGUUCCGUUAUCUCAAUUGUGCAUUGCUGGUGCAGUGAAAUUGGACAUUGAUGGAGUUCAAAUUACAGGUCAAAUUGCAUUGCUAGUUCAGUUUUCUGUUUGAUGUGCUUAGCUAAUGUUGUUUGGGCAACAAAACUGUUGUACUCUAGUAAUUCCAGAGAAGCUGUUGAUAUUUGACCAAUUCCUAAGGAA